UGUUCCUGGGAUGUACUUCGGAUUGCAAACUCAAUGUCAAUGUACCACUUGAUGAUAAAGAUCACACGAUAUUGGCUUUGUAUCAAUGCUCAGAAAGUGGUUACUUUUACAAUCCUACCGUUCAAACACACAUAACAUACAAUGGAUUCACUCCCAACCCCGAUUAUCCUGUGCCUCCUGUCACAACCUACUCAAUCGCCAUAUACAGAGAGGUUAUCGAUGGUCUUACCCGACAAUCUGGGGAUAAAGGCAUCAGAAGCUUUUUGAAUAUUGCCACAAAGGACUAUAUGGAAUUUAAAUAUAAUAGCCUAGAGACCAAUGUAGCCAGUCUGGUCCAGUCGGUCAUGCAUUUUUUAGAUUACCAUUCAGCUGUAUACGAAUCAAUUAUAUACGCUUAUGGAGAGCUCGAUAGAGUAAUGGUUUCAGAUAUGGUUAAAGACCUAACUCCUGAGAAGGAUGUAAAUACAAACCUUAUCGAAAUGUUAACAGCAUUCGUGUUAUCAUUUAUAAUGGUGGAGAUCGAUCCAUUCUUAUUGCCAUUUGUGGCUGCUGUAGAUGAUGCAAUUCUGGUUGCCAAUGAAUUUAAACAAAAAUGGUCGGAUGCUAUCCACAAUGGUCAAAGUUCAAUCGACCCGUCCAAAAAUACGGUUACCAAACUGUCGGAUUUAGGAUUCAUUGAAAACGAUGCGGAAACAAAUAUGUUGGAGUCUCUGCAAUCAUUUGUAGACAGAUCUCUUGAUGCUAACAUUGAUGAUUCAGAUUGGAUAAAUUGGAAUCAAUUUUCUGAUUAUAACGGCACGAAAACUAGUCCUACUGAUAUGGGAAACGGACUUUUCAAAAUUUUAGAAGCACAUUACGCAAGCAUCAUCUUGAACUAUUAUGAUGUCGUAGUAUGUUCCCCUGAUAGCAUUUCGCGAGCCUGUGCGCCUGAUUCAUAUUGUUGCGUCGAAAACCCCAUAUCUCACUAUUGCCAGAUAUAUUUUAAAUGCAAUGAUCCAGUAGGUGCCCCUAUUAAUUGUAUAUUUCAAGGUGGAUUUGGACAAGGCCGUGACUUUAGUCGACUUCCCUGUUUGAUCAAUACCGGCGCCAGUAUUCUAAAAGUACCAUAUUCCGACGUUGAUGGCAUUGCAGGCUUGAUCCCUGACUCAGCUGUUACUAACAAACACCGACUAUUGGUCCCAUGCGAUUCGACACCAAGCUUUAUCCUCACUUUUGACGCCGCUAUUAUACAAUUCUACCCAGAG